UGUGCCCGAAACCGUUUUCUUCGCUUUUGUGCAUCGGAGGGUGGAAUAGAAUAGCGCGCCGGGCUCUCGCAGCGCGCCUUAGCUACUCGGCCACUUAGUUUAGUUAGGCUAGUAGUUUAGGGUUAGUUAGGAUUAGUUACUGCAGUAGCCCAUGAUGGAAGAUCGCUGCUGGAGUGAAGGCGUCGCGUGCCGGGCGCGGAGAGGAUGAUGAUCAGAGUUCGGUCGGCGCAGAAACGGGGACACAUCAAAACGAAUUCAGCUGAACCUGCUGUGUAAAAUGCGCCGCCUGACUCGGGGAGACGGACCAUCUGAAACGACAGCAGGACAGGAAGCAUCGGCGGUUUGUGUGUCAGUUACCGCUUCCUGUUGCUUUUGACAAGGCGGUGCUCUGAGCUGCAGCACCGUGUUCGACAGCCGCCCGGCUCCGUCCUUCCCCUUCGCUCAUCUUCGAUGUUCUCUACCUUCGUUGCCGCUUCCAGCUGGUCUGAACGCUGCGCUGGAGAGAGGAAAAAAAAGAUAUUGACAUGAAGAAGGACAUCGACACAUUAAUAGCGGAAGAACGUGCUGACAUCAUUUCAAAAUAUGAAAAGUUUCAGGGAGAGCUCAUUGACCAGUGGGAAGAUGCCACCUUCAAUGUGUACAAGGUCACGGACCGUUGUGGCUUCCUGCAUCAAAAGGAGCUUCCAACUCCAAGUGCACUUGAGGAGAAGCAAAAACAACAAGAAAUUGAAAGGGUGGAUAAAUGGCUAAAAAUGACCAAGAACUGGGAGAAAUACAGGAAUAGUGACAAGAUGUCACGGCGCGUGCACAAGGGCAUCCCUCUUAAGCUGCGGGGCCAGAUCUGGUGCUUGCUGCUCGAUGUUGAGAAGGUGAAAGAGGAGAACAUGGGGGUCUAUGAGAAAAUGAAAGUGCAAGCCAGGAACUGCUCCACCGAAAUCAAGCAGAUAGAUCUCGACAUCAACAGGACUUUUCGAAACCACAUCAUGUUUCUGGAGCGGUUUGGAGUGAAGCAGCAAGAGUUGUUCCAUGUCCUGACAGCUUACUCCGUUUACAACACAGAAGUGAGCUACUGCCAGGGCAUGAGCCAGAUUGCGGCCAUCCUGCUGAUGUAUAUGAACGAGGAGGAUGCCUUCUGGGCUCUGUCGCAGCUGCUGACCAACCAGCGGCACGCGAUGCAUGGAUUCUUUAUCCCUAGCUUUCCUAAACUCCAGCGCUUUCAGACCCAUCAUGAUCAGAUCCUUUCCAAGCUGCUCCCCAAGUUGAAGAAGCAUUUGGACAAGGAGCAGAUGUCAGCUGGGAUUUACACUACCAAAUGGUUUCUGCAGUGCUUUAUUGACAGGACACCUGUCACCCUGACCCUGCGCUUAUGGGAUAUCUACAUUCUGGAAGGGGAGAGGAUUCUAACUGCAAUGGCCUAUACCAUCCUCAAAAUACACAAGAAGCAGCUACUGAAGAUGUCUCUGGAGGAGUUGCGAGAGUUCCUGCAGGAGAAGAUUGUGGAGUCCUUCUGCCUGUCCAAUGAUGGCGUCAUUGAGCAGCUGCAAGCCUCAAUGUCAGAACUACGCAAAAUGAAGCUGGACCUUCCUCCCCCAGCGAAGUCAGAUGAACUCCCGAAGAAGACCCUGGGCCUUGAGGUGCCUUUGGUGCGAACACCAGUGAAGCCUCUUGUGGCUGUCAACGGGAAACCUGAGCCCCAAUUGCCUCCUCCGAAGGUGGGGAUUCCGCCAAUUGGACAGUGGCAGGACAAGAGCCAACCACCAAGUAACAGUUUGGAUUUCAGGAUUCCCAAUGGGGACGGUCCUCAGCCAGUAUCCGGUGAGAAACCAUGUUUGCCGCUAAAGGUGCCACUUCAUAUCAAGUGUGAACUGGUGGAGGAUGCUGAGCGCAACGCAUGGAGAGACAGCAUGGACUGGCCUCCGCCUUACGAGCCCUCCGAGACGGAUGUUUUGCAAGAUGAGGGGGAGCUCCUGGACUUACCAGACCUGCCUCCACCCCCACCAGUGUACCUGGAGGACUCCUUGGGGAGUUCAGCCCAAGCCACUGCCCUUGACCUUGAUCCUAGACCAGGGCCUGAGGACCUCGCCCUGAAGGAUACCGGACUGCAGUUCAGGACGCCACCAUUGCCUGUCACAUUCCCAGCGACACUGUCAGUGCCCCCAUCCUCCAGCAACAGGCGGCCAUCCAACAUUUCCCAGUAUGACAAUCUCUCCGAGGGAGAGGGGGAGGUGGACCGCUGCCUGGACCAUCUGUUAAAGAUUGCAGCUACCUUAGACCCAUCUCACCCAGAGGUCAGAAAUGCGGCCGGACCCUCUAACCCUGCAGAAACCUUGAGAUCAGAGUCGCCCUCAUCUUUCCCUCCCCCACCACCCCCUGUCUUUUUCCUACCUGGAAAGCCAUCCCCUCCGCACCCCCCUCACUCACUGUCUGUGCCUCAUCCUCAGGAGCAGCACACCAAUGGUCCACACGUAUAGCCUGUGGCCGCAGGCCAAGCCUUGGUCACUGCCUCUCUUGGACGGACUGAUCUUUCUCAGCGCCACUCAGCCAACCCUCGGGCUUCCCAACCAAAGACAAAACCACCAGGCUAAUCUGGGCCACAGUCAGAGCUUGUGGGGGACCACAGUGGAACUGGGCCCAUUUAAGGGCUGGAAGGCCACCAAGCCGUUCUUCACCAGCAGCUGUAGCCAUGAGCCCUCGUAGCCCCCCAGGGCGAUCUGGAGCUUCUUAUCUUCCAGUCUGGAAUUUUUCUCCCACCUUUCCAAUUUCCAGUGAAAUUUCAGCCCGUGAGCCGUCACAGCUACUAGUAAGCAACAUGUCUUUGUAUGAUGAUUAAUUACACAAUGCUCCAUAUUUACAACAGGGCAAUUUGUAGUUGAAUUAUAUGUACAUUUAUAGUUGCAGCUGUAUUUGAACUUAGAGGGGCAAGAUUUUGGCAAAGACUAGUCAUUUAUUGUCAAAUCAAUAUGUGUACAAUACCAAAGAAGUCCAGAACUGUAAAUGACUAAUGUUGCACUGAGGCAAAAGGUUGUUAGUUCAAACAUUGCACGUUGUUUCAUUUUUGGCCCCAGUAUUUAUUCUGUCCCAAUACAGAUGUUUCUUCCACCAUUAUUGCGCAACAGAUGAAUGUCAACUAUUCUGAGCUCAUAAAUAUUUGCAGCUUGGGCCCUUUUCAGAGGCAUGUUAUUUAUUUCACAUAAUUUUGCUGUUUUUAACGUUUAAAACUUAAACCUCCAUACGCAGUGUCUCAAGACUUUGUAGCAGUAAUGUACAGUAGAUAUUUCCUAAAUAUUGUAUUUAAAUGGGAACAGUAUUGAGGCUUUCAGCCUCCAUGUGUUGUGUAAUAUGUAUAUAACUCCCUGGAUGACGAUCAGUCUCUUUAUACAUAAUUAGUACAGAGUGAUGACAUGCUGUAAGAAUUUCCACUGGCUGUUGUCCACAAAAGCAGACAUGUCACUUAGGAAAGUUUGAGAGCAAAUCCUUUUGUUGGUCAACAUCUCCCCCUGGUGUUAUUGUGUGUUGUGCUCAGUUUCUGCAUCAUUUUUAUCUCUCUGUAUUUGGAGGCUUUUGAAGGCAUUUCAGAUUGAGUUUUCUGUACAGUUUUGUUUUUUCUUUUUUGUAAAGCAUUGUAUAUGUUAAUUUUAUCAGACCUUCAUGUGUUGUAAGUUAUAAGCUAUGGAGAAACCCCUCAUUACACAAAUACCCCACCCCAGACAAUGUGGAAAAAUCCCUACAGUUCCAAAACACCCUUAAGUUUUUGUGUGUGUUUUGUAGAGGUGAGGUUAGGAAUAAUUUAUUUUAUUAUCAUGACAAUCAACGGAAAAGACUCGCAAUUACAGGAAUACAAAGGAAAAGCGUUGUUUGUUUUUUUUUUUGUGCGUGUGUAUUACGUGUUGGGCGGAUGUAGUAGUGAUUGUACACGUGGCACAGCAGCAUUCGUUGGCUCACUGUUUAACGCUAUAAUCCAUCUAGGCCAGGAAACUGAUUUUUAUAAAUCACAAUGAAACGUGUAUUAUUAACCUUACGGUGUGAGCAAUUUGUUUUCCGAAGUUUUCCUUCUGCUCGGAAGUGUUGAAGCUGCUACCCGUUCGGCUUCUCCGUUUGUACUGUUGUAUGCUGAUGUGCCAUGUGUAACAGUUUUGGGGGGAAAAGGUCUUUUUAGCAAAGCCUGUUAAAUACAGCCUUUAAUUGCAUUAUUAAAGGUAUACUAUGCAUGGAAC